CUGUGGGACUGAUACACGUGUUUUUACUUGCAGUGGAAACACCGGACAGGCCGUGUCCCAAAUGGAGACAGAGUUCCAUUUGACAUCGCCAUGGAUGGGAAGACAAUGAUAACAGUGUCCCACAAACCAGAGGGUUCUGCAGAAAACUUCAGAGAGACAACCAACUUGUUUGUCUUUAACAGGAAUCUGGUGGCAAUUCGCGACAGUGUGGACAAAAGGUGUUACAUUCAACACACAGACGCUACAUAUGCAGAGAUGAAGGCAAUGGUCAACGGCGAUGCCCAGGACACAAACGGCGAUGUAACUGGAGAUGAAGAAAGGAUUGAUGUUUCAAGUCUCACCUGCAAACCCUUCACGCCAUUUGCUGUCAAACUUCUCUUCGGUGACGAAAUCGAAUCGUUCUGUCGAUUUCACGACGUGUACUUCCUUGAUGACUCCAAUGUUCAAGUUGUUGGAAAGGAAGUUGCACCAAUUGGAGAUGGCGCAGCUAACUUACGCCUGAGAAGAGACCUCGAGAUUACGGUUACAGUUUCUAUUGGGCCUAUCAGAAUUAAGGUGACCGUGAGAAUUUAGUUAUGCGUCACCGCAUAUUACUUACUGAGUGAAGUGUUGUUUUUCACACUGAAGAAUUGUAUUUAGGUAAAUAUUUGUUUGUCAGCAUCUUCAGGAAACUUUAUUGACUAUGUAUCAGUAAGACACACAGCUGUGGCCAGGUUUAUAUGUGCUUCAACAAAAGCAAUCUGAAAAUAUAGGAAAAUACUGAUAAUCUCCAAAACUCAUGUAUCAGCUUUACAUGUUUAUUUUGUUUGCGAACACCCGGUGUCAACACGUAUUUUCCGGAGUAUAGUGACAUCGUUUUCACAGCUAUCUGCUCGUCACGUCAGAUGGAAUCUGUUCCGAAGAUAGUCAAUACUUUUUAACUCUUUGUGUUGACGUUGUAUUUGAAACCCAAGACUAUUUGGCUCGUAAUAAAGGAAUCGUUGACAGUCCAAAGUAUUCCUGAUACAUCAGUGUAUGUCCGUCGAGUUUGCAGAAUUGAAACGGGUAUUUAAUAUUUAAAUAUUGUGAUGUGUCGAUUCAGUUGGUUUCGUCAUUACUUUAAAUGAUUGAUGAAUUUGGUGUGGGUUCUUCACGUGUUGUUGUUUGAUCAUUUCUUACAAUUCACUCAACACAUAAUUGAUAUAUAAUCAUUCCAUCCCGAAACGCUGUCACACCACAGUAAGUCAUGUUCCAGUGUUGUGUACGUUUAUAUGUUUGUGUUUUUUUACUUUAUUUUCCGAUUGUCUGGUGUAUUUUUAUGAAUAAAAAGAUUGUCCUCCA